GUGCAGGGAAUCCCCUGCGGCCCCGAUUGUCGCCACACGAACUAACAGACCAGACGCACUGCACGGCAGUGAGGAGGCGUUCGAGAGCGCAGGUUCGAAAGGCACUUGAACAGUUCGAGGGCUUCGGGACUGCAGCCACCUGUCUCACCAUCAUCCGUUGGGGUUCAAACGCCGUGAUUGGAACCGCUGGCGGCACGCCUCGAGUUGGUGCUAGCGGAUUCAUAGCAACCGGAUGCUGGUCCGUAGAGCCCCUUCCCUCGCUGCCCCCUUCUCCAGGCUGCGUCGUUGACAUCACCUCAAAACAACAAGCGGCUAUCGGCGAAAGCGACCGGAGUGGGCCUCGAAAUGGAUUGCCGACGGAUGAUUGUGACUGCGGCGCUAUUGCUAGUCCCUCCCGCUGAUGUUUGCUCGCAGGAAGAGGAUCGUGGACUCUUGAUACCGAGUUCCAUGAUGGAAGAGCCAGCAUAUGGACUCGUCCAAAGUAGUCCAGGGCCCUCACUGCCCUUGAGCUCCGGGAAGCUGAACGAAUCGUCUGUUGAGAUGUUCUUGAAAAACGACUCCUCGAUUUCAGAAUACGUGGCACUAUUCAACAAUCUUCCCAGAAAGCAUCCCAUUCUCACCAGAAAGAAAGUGGACGGAGACGCAUUCAAAGAAGAACCUAUCGCAAUAGAUAUUACAGGAGUCAACGACUCAUCGCACUUCGAAGUCACUGUCAAGAACUGCAGCGGACCCUGUCAUGCAGACGCUGGAGAGGCGGUGGACACCAAAGUGGGUUCACCCUCGGCCGUAAAAAACCUUUCUGUGAAUCAAACAGUGCCAGGGGAAGUCGUGUACAGCUGGCAACGACCGGAUAAUCCAAAUGGCCCACUAGAUGGAUACAUUGUAACCACCGGUAACCUUGAGACAAAAAAAGUGCUCAUCACCGAAGUACCAGGGAAUGCAACUCAGCUUGUUCAAAAGACCAUCGAGCAGUACACGGAAUACAAAGUCGAUGUCCAGGCUUACAACAUCAUGAACCCUUACGGACUCAAGCAGGCUGGUCCCGCAGCAAGUGUGCAGUUUAAGAGCCUUGGAAAAGGACCGGUACCACCGAUACCUGAGGUUGGUGACACUUUCGAACACGAGGUGUUAGUAAACUGGACGAAGCCCAUCAACCUCGGAUACAACGUGACGCACUAUGUUAUUCGGCUGAUCGAAAGAGCCGUGGACGUUAGAGUCAAUAACACAAGCGUCUGGCUGGAAUGCCUGGAGACGUGGCAUCCUUAUACGGCAUCGGUUUCCUCAUGUACAGCAAGUGAUACAUGCGGGCCACCAAAAAAGGUCUCCUUCGAGACGGACGUGGGAACCCCCGACUCACCUAGGAAUUUUAACUGCACCAGCCUGACUCGAUACAGCGUUGGACUAGCUUGGACCCGUCCUGAACAAGUUAGAGGCCCCCUUGAUGGCUAUAAGGUUACAUUCGCCAACAGCUCCAUGGGCUUCGACAUGAUUACGAAAGCUACAACACUGACCGUCGGCAACUUAUCUGCAAACUGCGUCUACAAGAUAACCGUGUCAGCCUUCAACCAUGGCGUCCACCAGACCAAGGAAGGACCGGCCACGGUGAUAGAAGUGAAGACGAUGUAUGGACCUAAGCCAGCCCCUCCAUGGUUCAGCAUCACCACAAUAACGCUGAUGAUCGUCGUCCCAGUGGUGUGCUUUGUCCUUCUGGCUGUGUACAUCGUGUACAAGCAGCUGCUGAAGAGAAGAGAGGACGAAGAACUGCUGACUUGUUCAGGGCAGUGAACCAGACAGACACCCGUUAGAGAAGACUCAUGGACUUGUUUCAUGCGCAUGCAACAUCGUCGUGGAAGUGUGAUUAUGAUUUGACUGUGUACAAAGAACUUCUACCAGAAUUCGUCAUAGCGAGUGGAAAGAACUAUGACAUACGCUGCCAUCCACUUGAAACUUUUCUGGUCUGCAUAGUGAAGCUUAUACAAGACACCGAAAACUACCACCUCCAUGACGCACAGGUGCAUUCGAAGAAGAACAGGUGGCAGUGAGGAUGUGUGACGUAAAAAAGAAACGACGUUCCUAGCUGCCAGAUAUAUAUACUGCAAGGAAUAAUUUCAUUACUUCGCUAUGUAUGUGUGUGUUCUUAGGCUCGGGAUUGUAAUGCAUUUGAAGCAGUAGCCCGUGUAAGAACAGCUCUGUUCACUCCUAUCUUAUGUUGACACUUUCACAGAACAUGCGGUGACGCACGUCUUAGGCGAGUUCACGAGUGCACAAGUGCCCCAUUCCCCUCUCUACACAAAAGGACUUCUUCCUCCGAAAUGGCGCCUAAUGUGUGCAUACAGUCUAGGUUCUUGAGUGAAGGUAUUAUUUCUAGAUCAUGUAUCUUUGGCGACAAGUGGACAGUUUGAACGUGUUCACGUGUGCUUCGGUUGUUUCUAAUGAAACAUUUGUGGCAGGUUAGCGCUCACGCUGUCUGACACUUCUGCAUC